CAACAUACUUUUGGUCCGCACUGUUUGCCAGCAGCGCACAGUACAAAACUCUCGAGAUCGUAGCCGGCACAAUCUGUCUAAAAGGAUUCGCGUAGAGUCAAUCAGGGGCGGCGCGUCAACCAUCGGACUGCUUGAGAGCCAACCCAAAUCCCCACCAUUGGAUACUUGAUAAGACCAGAUUCAAACUGACGCUUAAUCUGGCUUUAAUCAUCUGUCACUCUCACGUCUUUGUAAAGCUUACAAUAUGGCCAUGAAGUCACAGUCUACCUCGUCUUCCAGCGUGGGGCUAUCGCCUGACGCUCAGUUCAGAGUCGUCCGGAAGAGGAACAGGGUGCCGUUAUCAUGUGCACCUUGCAGACAUAGGAAACUCAAAUGCAAUCGGGGUCACCCUUGUGACAACUGCACAAAGCGUGGUGACAAUGCGUCAUGCACAUACGCCACCCCUGGUAACCGCAAGAAGACUUCAUCUACUAACAGUACUGCGUCCUCCCCUGAUGAUAUGCAAAAUCGAAUUGAUCGCUUGGAAGGACUUGUCCUUUCGCUGAUGACAAACGGCGCUCAGUCGGCUGGGCCGGCCGCGGCAGCGGCAGCAAUUGCCAGCAUGAACCAGAAUGGAGGAAGCAUCAGUGGAAGUUCUGCCGAUGUGCCUCUUGAUGUUGAUGGGCCAGCCAUGAUCAAAGAGGAGCAAGAGCAUGAUGACAGUGACGUUGAACAGGUUUCUAAGUCGAUGGGCAUUAUGAAAGUAGACAACAACAAGGCUUUCUUCGCUUCCGAAGCCCAUUGGUACGCCAUUUUGGGCGAGAUCACUGAAGUCAAGAAUUACUUUGCCGAGCACAAGAAACAAUACGACGAGCAGCUUCUCCGACACCAGACAACAUAUUCGGACGAGAUAAAGCCAGGGACCGCUUUCUUGUUUGGAGCUGUCCAGCCAGCAGAUAGGGCGGAAAUCAUGGCUGCGUUUCCUCCGAAACAAACGGCAGACCUUCUCAUCACCCGCUACUUCAACGUAUAUGAUCCCGCUUUUCACAUUGUCCAUGGUCCGACUUUCCAAAAGCAAUACGACCGACACUGGCUUAACCCCGAUGAAACUCCAACUAUAUGGUUUGGAAUGGCAUACGCGAUGAUGUGUAUAGCUCUUCAAUCCUACAAUCGAGGAGGGGACGAGCCGCCUGAGUACCGUGGUAAGACUUGGGAACUGUCGGGUGACUACAGACGGAGAACAGUACAGUGCAUCCUUAAAAGCGAUAUAACUAUGCCAAUCACGUACAUGCUGGAAACGCUCAUCCUUCAUGUUCAAGCCGACUACUCUCGUAGUAGAGAUGCCGAGGUCGGCGUCCUGAUAAGUUGGUCCAUCAUCGUCCGGUUGGCGAUGCGCAUGGGCUAUCACAGAGACUCCAACCCCUAUCGAGCAUUGUCACCGUAUCAAGGAGAAAUGAGGCGACGAGUAUGGUUGGUGGUUAGAACGAUGGACCUCUUGUUCUCUCAGCAAAACGGACAGCCGCCGAUGAUCAGGUCGAGUGAUACGAACACUGAGCUACCUCGAAACAUCUACGAUGACGAGCUCUUCGAGGAGAUGAAGGUGCUUCCCUCAUCGCGACCGUUGUCAGAGGCCACCCCAUGUUCGUACAUGAUCACCAAGGCGCGUUUGGUGUACGCUUUUGCAAAGGUCGUGGAGGAGUCGCAAGUAUUAAGCUGUACAUCGUAUGACGGCAUCACCAAGCUGGACCAGCGGUUACGGGAACUGCACGCCUCGACACCUCCGCAUCUGCAGAUGCGGUCGAUGGAAGAAUCUGCCCGGGAUCCAGCCACGCUGAUCAUGCAGCGUUUUAGUCUUGAACUUCUUUACUUGAAGGCGCAGUGCAUGCUCCAUAAGAAAUUCCUCGGUCCUUCGCGAGAAAGUGCCAGAUACGCGUACUCGCGUCGCACUUGCAUCGAUGCGUCGCUGGCCAUGCUCCGGCAUCAGGUUACUAUCUACCAAGAGACGCAACAAGGCGGUCGUCUUCGAACUGUCAAGUGGUUCAUCACGUCGCUCACGACAAAUGAUUUCCUCUUGGCAGCCAUGGUAGUAGCUUUGGAUCUGCACCACACAUCCGAGGCGGAACGAGCCGGUCGUUCACCGCCGAGCGAGAUAUACGCCUGGCCCCAGGAUCGGCGCGACGAGAUGCUCUCGGCCAUCGACCGGGCAGUCAAUAUAUGGGAAGGGCUGCGCGAUGGGUCCAUGGAGGCAUACAAGGCGCACGCGACUCUGAGUGUGAUGCUUGACAAGCUGAAAUCAUAUCAGAGCCUGCGGCAAGCGCAACAGAAUUUCGCUGCGGCGGCCGCCGCCUACCCUGCCACAGCCAACCUUGAAGACGCAAACGUAGCGCCAGAGCAUUCAGCCGCCAUGACGCUGGGUAUGCUGAGUACCGGCGCUUUGACUCCCAAUAGCGCAAACAUGUUUGACAAUCGCCCCUCAUACCCAGCAUCUAUGGGCAAUAUUCUCAACGAUCCGUUGCCUCCCGUUUCGCAAGGCACGGGUCUGACGCCGCAGUACACGGGCCCGGCUGUCAGUGGUGGUGACCAGGCGGUUGCCGGUUCGGGUGCUAGCCCGUUUUCACAGCUCUUUGGCACGUCGAACUUGGGAUUCCAGAACAUGGAUCUGCCGACCACGAAUAUCGAUUGGGUAAGUGCUCACUAGGGCGCAGGGAAGGAUGAAUAUACCGUGAUGAACGUCUCGCUGACAUGCCGCGAUGUGUAGGAAGCGUGGGACUCGUACGUGCAGGGCUCGGCUGGUGACCCUACGAACCAGUUGUGGCCUAU